CCGUUGUAAGCCAGGCAGCCACCCUCCACCGUUCGGUCCGCGCACUCGUCCGGGGGUGGCGGCAAGUCCUGCCGGAGCCAGUGCCCGCGCGUCUUUCGCGAUCAACGGACCGCGCGUACCAAAAACUCCAAGGUUCUUUUACUCGCGUGUCACAAUCUUCGAUAGAUAGAUAGAUAGAUAGAUAGAUAUUGUGCGUGUGUCAUCCCUACGAUAUCCUUUCGAAACCUUCUAAUAAUUUAAUCCCCUUUUUUUCUUUUCUCUUAUCUUAUCUUAUACAAUAUUCAAACUCAAUUGUAUCUAUUUGAAAUCCUCCUUUAAUUUGGAUUUGUUGGAGAUUUGUGAAUUUAUUAUAUAUUAGUGACGAUAAUAAUUAACAAAAAUUUAGAAUUGUUUUUUUUUCUGUUCUUCUUUUAAUCAUGUAUCCACCAAUUAGAACGUUUCUUCCUUACACACGAGUUUGAAUAAUAAAAAAUAAUCGUAAAUUAUUUGUUGAACUUGAUCAUCGAAGUAUUUUAUUAAGUGAAACCGAACAAUCCUUUAUUUUCAUAUUAAUUUAUAUGUGCGUGUUCGAUUAAAUAUAACCAAAGUUUGAUAAGUAUAUGGUGUUAGAAAUGGGAUAAUGCGUGCAUGAAUAUAUGCAAUACGAGCAAGUGAGUCGGAUUACGAUAACAAUGUUUUCUAUACGAGCUUUCUGGGAAAUAUACGAACGAGGGAACGUUAUUCUCCAGUGAAAAUUGUGAAAUUAAAUUUUUCUUUUUACCCAACUUUGAAUCUUUCGUUCGUCGAAGUGUUUUCCUUAUAUAUAAUGCGGACCACACGAUCGAUCGUCUUCGAAUGCGCUAUGUGAAUGACGACUAGGCCUACUAGUGAUUUGGAAAAAAACAUUUGUGUCACAAUUAUUUUCAAAUGCUCGAUAAUUAUGUUACGAAGGACAAGUUGUUGAAUGAGUGUUUCAAAUUAAACGAUUUCGUACGAAAGAGUGAGUGUAUAAUAAAAUUGAUCGAACGUACUAACGAAUUAAUCGUCGUUCUACGUUGUUUAUAAUUUUUGUGUGAUCAAUGAUAUUUAUAAUUUAAAUAGACACUUGUUAAAAAAAGAUAAAAAAAACACUUCUGGACAACGUAUAAAGUGACCACCAUGAUCAAAGAGUUCCUUUAGACUGACGAAAAUGAGACGUUCGCUGAAAGAAAUCGCACAAGGCUUGAUGCAAGAUGGAAGAUCGCGUGGCCCGGAAAAACGUAAGCGUACUUCGAUGGAUCUUCGUUAGCGGCGUGUAAUUUCCUGUGAAAGUGUUAACAUAAACCGUGUUGUAUCGCGUGCAUAUACGUUCGUACGCUCUGUCGAGUUUUUUUUAUUCACUCUCAUUUUAUACGAACGUGUAUCGAACAAGAACGAUGCUGUAAACGUGCAGCUGCGAAUGCGAGCUUACGUUCGGACAUGAUGGCACUGUUGUUCGCCGUAAUCGUCAUCCUAGUCACCACUGCCAUGUCGUUACCACCUGUCAUCAGAAUCGGUGCUAUCUUCACGGAGGAUCAAAAGGAUAGUCCCUCGGAACUAGCUUUUAAAUACGCAAUUUAUAAGAUCAAUAAGGAUAAGACACUUUUGCCAAAUACAACGCUGGUCUACGAUAUUCAAUAUGUGCCUAAGGAUGAUUCUUUUCGGACGUCAAAAAAAGCGUGUAAGCAGUUAUCGAGGUCCGUUCAAGGUAUUUUUGGACCUUCGGAUCCUCUUUUAGGAGCUCAUAUCCAAAGUAUAUGCGAAGCUUUAGACGUACCUCAUCUCGAAGCAAGGGUCGACUUUGAGCCAACGUUCAAGGAAUUUAGCAUAAAUCUCUACCCGGCUCAGGACCACCUCAACAAAGCCUUUAAGGACCUCAUGUCCUUUCUGAAUUGGACUAGAGUAGCUAUCAUUUACGAAGAGGAUUACGGUUUAUUCAAACUACAGGAUCUUGUCAAAUCACCGCCAUCAACGAGAACAGAAAUGUAUAUACGUCAAGCAGGUCCUGGAUCUUACAGACAAGUUUUACAAGAGGUCAGACACAAGGAAAUUUUCAAAUUAAUCGUCGACACCGAUCCAGCGCACAUGCAACAAUUUUUUCGUGCCAUAUUGCAGCUACAAAUGAAUGACUACAGAUACCACUACAUGUUCACCACAUUCGAUAUCGAAACGUUUGAUUUGGAAGAUUUCAAGUAUAACAGCGUCAACAUGACGGCCUUCCGCUUGGUUGAUCUCGAAGAAGCCAAGGUUGCUGAGACGCUUCGACAGAUGGAACGUUUCCAACCGAUUGGCCAUGCAAUUCUAAAUAAAACCGGUGUUAUCCAGGCAGAACCAGCUUUGGUGUACGACAGCGUACAAGUUUUUGCCCAUGGAUUGGCAGCACUGGAUAGAAGCCACGAUUUAAGACCCGCUAAUUUAUCUUGCGAAAAGGAAGAACCAUGGGACGACGGUCUUUCCCUUUACAACUACAUCAAUUCCGUACGCUUACAUGGGUUAACCGGACGUAUAGAGUUCAACGAAGGCAAGAGAAAUAAUUUCAAAUUGGAUCUACUAAAGUUGAAGAAGGAAGAUCUUGUGAAAGUAGGAGAAUGGAAGCCUGGAAGUGGCGUUAAUAUCACGGAUGUGGGUGCCUUUUAUGAAACGACGGCGACGAAUAUCACCCUGGUCGUAAUGACAAGAGAAGAAAGACCAUACGUAAUGGUAAAAGAGGAUAAAAAUUUAACUGGAAAUGCAAGAUUCGAAGGUUUUUGUAUCGAUUUACUCAAAUGGAUUGCCGGUCAAGUUGGUUUUCAGUAUGUUAUUCGUCUAGUACCUGACCAUAUGUAUGGAGUUUAUAAUCCUGAAACCAAAGAGUGGAAUGGCAUUGUACGCGAACUUAUGGAAAAGAGAGCAGAUCUCGCAGUAGCUUCUAUGACGAUCAAUUAUGCCAGAGAAAGCGUGAUAGACUUCACGAAGCCUUUCAUGAAUCUUGGUAUUGGAAUCUUAUUUAAGGUACCCUCCAGUCAGCCAACACGACUGUUCUCCUUCAUGAAUCCAUUGGCUGUGGAGAUUUGGUUGUACGUAUUGGCUGCGUACAUGCUAGUUAGCUUCACACUGUUCGUGAUGGCAAGGUUCAGUCCUUAUGAGUGGAACAAUCCGCAUCCCUGUUUAGCGGAUAGCGACGUCGUCGAAAACCAGUUUAGCGUUAGCAACAGCUUCUGGUUUAUCACCGGUACUUUCCUCAGGCAGGGCAGCGGACUCAACCCCAAGGCAACCAGUACGAGAAUAGUCGGUGGAAUAUGGUGGUUUUUCACUCUUAUAAUAAUCUCCUCGUAUACGGCGAAUCUCGCUGCCUUUUUAACGGUUGAAAGGAUGAUAACGCCGAUAGAAAAUGCAGCGGAUUUGGCGGAACAAACCGAGAUAUCUUACGGCACUUUGGAAGGUGGCAGUACAAUGACAUUCUUUAGGGAUUCGAAAAUUGGAACUUAUCAAAAAAUGUGGAGAUUCAUGGAAUCAAAAACUCCCUCUGUUUUUGUGAAAACAUACGAGGAGGGAGUUAAGAGGGUACUAGAGGGUGAUUACGCAUUUCUCAUGGAAUCUACGAUGCUUGAUUAUGCAGUCCAGAGAGAUUGCAAUUUAACACAAAUCGGAGGUUUAUUGGAUAGCAAGGGAUACGGAAUUGCAACGCCAAAAGGCUCACCCUGGAGGGAUAAAAUAUCUCUGGCCAUUCUCGAGCUACAGGAGAAAGGUGUAAUACAGAUCCUCUACGAUAAGUGGUGGAAGAAUACGGGAGACGUGUGUAACAGAGACGAGAAAAAUAAGGAGAGUAAGGCUAAUGCUCUUGGGGUCGAAAAUAUCGGUGGUGUCUUCGUCGUGUUGCUCUGCGGUCUUGCUUUAGCGAUCCUAGUGGCUAUCCUCGAGUUCUGCUGGAAUUCCAAGAAAAACGUUCAUUCCGACAGGUCACUGUGUGCCGAAAUGUUCUCGGAAUUACGAUUCGCCGUCCGUUGCGGAUCUCGGCAGAGACCAGCUUCCAAAUCGCGGAAUUCCUCGGUCCCAGUAUCCUGCGGCAGAUGCAGUCCUCGUUCCACAAGAAGAAGAACGAGAUAUUAUUCAAGCGGACACGAAGAAACAACCUACGUACCCAGCUUGGAUAUACCUAGGUUAAAUGCAGGAGGGUGGUGCAUUGCCGAUGACGGAGAUGAAGAAAUCAUUGAGCUUCGAUCAAGUGGGGGCGGCCCGUGGCGGGAACACCUAGCACAGGCCUCAUCCUCAUCCUCGUCCUCAGCAGCAGCAACAGCAGCAACAACAGCAGCCGCAACAACAGCAGCAGCCACCACAGCCAGCGUGCAAAGUCACACCUACGCACACGCGUCACACACACUGCCACUCUCAUUCACACAGUCACAGCCACAGUCACAGUCACAGUCACACGCACAAGCACCAGGCAGCCCCACUGAAACAGAGGCGGGGUUCUUCAGGCAUCGUCUUGGGUCAAGGUUAGAUGCGUUCGAUGUCGAUGACGAAGACUCGUUUCUCAGAGGUGACCACCCUGAGAGCAUUCUCUGGAGAUUCGAUUGUGAUCUAGGGGGUGAACCAGAUGUGGUAAUCUCACCGCCACCCCCACCACCACCGCCACCCUCUGCAGCGGUUUCGAGGACCACGACCCUUUGACCGAUACUAGAGGAGGUACCUACAGGUGUGCCCGUCCAGAAUGAGCUGCCAACUCAGGCCUCCGUCGUGAUCAAUGUGAUCGACCAGAAGGAGACGUGUUUAUAGCACACAUAGUCGGCGGAAACGUACGAUCUAACGAUAUCCGCCGAAUUAAAAUGCGCCGAAAUGAAGGAAAAACGAAUUAUUAUUCCUUUGGGGGAUUAACGGAACCUGCUGUUGAUAACUGCCGCUGCAACUGCCGCUGCAAACUUGCGCCGCUAUGUUUUGCCGCUGCUGACGUUACGUCAAUCGUAACGCGUUCCCGGAACCCGUUAUCGCCGAUAAUGAUGCAGGUAUUCGUCAUCAAACGAUUCCAAAGGAGAAUCAACGAUUCAUUAUUUGUCUUUUUUAUUUAAUUCUAUAAAUGUUGAAUUUCGUUUUCCUUUCCUUUCAUCGAACGUGUAAUAAAAUUACACGACGAAGAAGUCAAUUAAAAAGACAAAGCAAAUGUCUAAACUCGGAUUAAGAAUAAAAAAGUAAAAACGCGACGAAUACCUGUGUCCAAUGGUUAGGAAAUGAGGAUUCAAAUAUAAAAGAAAAAAAGAGAAAGACGUUCGAAUAUAAAAGUCAAACACAUAUCGAUUGAAAAAAUCCAUGAUUUGCUUUUUAUUUUUCGAUAACGUUCGAUAAGGCGAACCCCGAUCGUUAAAUUGAUUGAUUGAUAUUUAUAUAUAGAAGAGAAUGAACAAGAUUUAUUCAUUUAUUUUACACAAUUUGUUAUUAAUAAUUUAAUCGUUACGUAGAAACUUAUCGUUUUAAAAUAAAAAUGAAAGAAAAACAAAAAGGAACAAAAUUUGAAAAAGGAAAAGCAACUCGGAUCUCGUUGAGUGUCGCUUUAUCGAAACGUUCGAGAGUGUUGAAACGUCGUAAAGGGGACGAUCGCAAAUGAAAUAUAAUAAAACAUAUAUAUGUAAUAACCAAAUAAAAAAAAAAAAAGAAAAUAAAAAUAAAAACGUACGUCGUUGCAGUCGGACCAAAAUCGAAGCGAUCACUGCCAAAGCUUAAUAAAUUAUUAUUCGCAACGUCGAAUACGAUUAUCGACGAAGCACGGACAAAGUUUAUAGUCUGACCGAUUCGUGAAUCAUUAUACUGUUUUAAGAGGUAUCGCUAUAAGAACGAUGGCCUAAAAAAAUAUAAAAUAGCUUUAGCUACGUUAUGCAAUUAUAAAAUAAUCCAAUCAGUAUGUCCGAUUUCCGGACUCUCUCUCUCGACGUUCGGAUUCUUAAAAAAAAAAAAAAAACACACAUUUUGACACCCGAGUUCGAAGAAUAUCAAUAUUACCAACCAAGCUUUUCCAUUCGAAAUUUAAACUUAGGCGCGUCGUAAUAAUAUCGUAAAAAUGCACAAUAAACACGUAGGAUUACUGAUAUUGACGAGGAACAAAAACAAAAUGGGUUCAAAGUUACUCAACGAAUGCUAUCGAUUUUCAAACGAAAUCGAAAAGAAAUUAGAAAAAAAAGAAAACAAACAGAAAAAUAGUGGACAAAGGGUAGAACGCAUUUUUAAAUUUACAAAACAACAACUGAAUUCAUUUUGGGGAGGGACAGAUUAAAGUAGAAAAAGUAGUUUGAAAAUUUCGUUUAAAAUUUUACAAAUCAAAUCGAUCGUUAUCUCGUUUUAUUUUAUACAUAUAUUAUAUGAUUCGAGUUUAUAUUGACGAAUUGAUAACUCGUUGACGAAUUUCUAUCAAAUCGAAUGAAGUUUCCAACGCAAGCGUUGGAAAAAUUUUUCACGCCGAUCGAAUCGAAACGCGAGUCGUCGAAUUUGUCUGAAAAGUUUUUUUUAAUUUUAUCUUAUUUCAAAAUCAAAAUUUAAGGAAAAAUCGUACGUUUGUUCGUUCGUUCGUUCAUUCGUAUGCUUGCAUUCGUCUCGAACGACGUCGAAAAAAAAAAUGAAAAAGAAAAGAAAUAAAUGGAUGAAACUUCACGCAACUUUUUCAAAAUAUUUUAAUUAAGGUGAAAAAUCCUGAUUAGAUCGAAAAAUUUUUGUUUUCCCCCUAGAAAGAAAUACUUCCACGAAAUAUACUAAAUGUAUGUAUAAUAAAAACGAGUUUAGCGUACGAGAUUUAUCAAGAAAAAGCUCUACUACCCAGAAAAUACACGGAUCGGUUAUUAAAUCCUGGAAAAUAACUUUAACUCUUCGAAUACGUUCAAACGAUGAUAUCAUCGUUUGCAUGCUAAACGAUUUGUACAUAUGUAUAUAUAUAUAUAUACAUAUAUAUAUCAUAUAUAUAUCAUAUAUAUAUAUAUAUAAUAUACAUAUACAUAUAUCUCGUAUUAACUUAUAUGUAAACCAUAGAUAAAAAGGUGUGAUAGGUCGAUAAGAAUCUUAAUCAUAUUUUGACACGAUCGACGCGAAUUUAUUAUUAUAUAUAAAAUGUUAAUAUAUUAUAUAAAUAUAUAUAUAUAUACGUAUAUGUGUAUAUACGGCGACUGUGUGUUUUUUCACGGAUGAUAAGAUAUAUAUUAGAGGAACGAGUGUGCAACGACGAUUAAAAUGGCCCACUCGUUUUUUAAUGUUGGAUGUGAGAAUGUAUUACGUGUAUGUAUCGUACGUCUAUCGUGCAAAUAAAUUUGUUCAAGAAUGUUAGAGCGAGAGAAUGUGAAUACGUGAUGUAGCUAAUACACCUAUUACGAAUUGACGGACUUAUUAGAAUACGUUCCAUUUUUCAAGAAACAAAACAUCCAUGUAAUAUAUCCAAAUCAAAGUAUAAUCAAAUACUUUGAAAUACUUCGAAGUACUUUUCAUUGUCGAAUUGUCGUUAACAUCAUCGUGUAUAAAUUCGAUCUGUUAUAUAAA